AUGUCAGGAUGGUUGUCGUAUUUCACGGGCAAGAAAGAUACACGCCAGACAGCGAGAGAUGCUAUUGUCAACACCCGACAACACUUGGCGGUUCUCGAUAAGAAGGAGGAGAACCUGCAGCGUAAGAUCGAGGAGGAGCUAAAGAAGGCAAAGGCUAAUGCAGUUAGUAACAAGACCGCUGCAACUGCUGCAUUACGACGAAAGAAGACAUACGAGACUGAGCUUGAGAAACUGUACGGACAGCGAAUGACACUAGAAACACAGGCAAGUUGUGAUUUCCCCACGAUCGGGAUCAGCACAGGGACAUCACUUACCCGUGUGUCUAGUUGA